CUGCUAAAAAUUAUUGAUGAAUUAAACAAGACAGUAGAACUGCUCUCGAAACAGCUUGAAGAAGAGAGAGAGCGAAGAACGCAACAACGGGGGAAAAAAUCCCCGUGCUACGUCAUCCAGCCACGCUGAGCCAUCGAGCCAGGUAGCCAAGACGAAAGUAAACCCUGCAGCCCCAAAAAGCAACACGACAUCGAUCGAAGACAGGGAGCAGUGGACGAAAGUCGGCCCAAACAAGAGAUCUAGCCCGAGCCCAGCUUACGAGCAGCGACCAGCAGCAGCAUCAGCCACCACCAGUAGCCCCAAAGGACGGAAGUACCACCCCCACCAUUGGCGAAAAAAAUAAAAAGGACCACCGUCGUCGAGCAACAAAGUCAACUAUAGGGGUCCGGUAAUCAGCACAAUCUAAUAAGAAAAUGAUGACAGAUAAUCCAAGUUUGAUUGAACGCACAAGAAAUAUAUUUCUUAGUGGUAAAACAAAACCACUAGAAUGGAGAAUAAAACAACUAAAACAAGCACAACUUAUGCUAAAAGAAUGUAAACAGGAAAUUUUGUCUGCACUUAUUUCAGAUUUACGCAAGAGUAAAUUUGAAUCUGUUGCAAUGGAACUACAAUUAACAGAAGGAGAGAUCAAGCAUAUUCUUAUGAACCUCAAGGAGUGGGUAACUGAUGAAAAGCCACCAAAAUCAAUUAUUAAUUUACUUGACAAGGUCAAAAUUAGAAAAGAUCCAUAUGGCGUGGUUCUCAUUAUAGGACCAUGGAAUUAUCCUAUUCAAUUAUGUAUAAUUCCGUUACUAGGUGCAAUAGCUGCUGGGAAUUGUGUUAUUCUUAAACCAUCAGAACUAUCUUCUGCCACAGCAAAGGUUCUCGCAAAAAUUAUUCCAAAAUAUUUGGAUGAAGACUGUAUUCAUGUAGUAUUGGGAGGUGUUCCUGAAACCACAGAAUUACUCAAACACAGAUUUGAUUACAUUUUUUAUACAGGUUCGGCUACAGUCGGAAAAAUUAUUCGUGAUGCGGCAAAUAAAUAUCUGACACCAGUUACAUUAGAACUGGGCGGUAAAAGCCCUGUAUAUAUAGAUAAUACAACGAAUAUUGAUAUGACGGUGAAAAGAGUACUUUGGGGUAAAUGUAUUAAUGUUGGUCAAACUUGUAUCGCACCCGAUUACGUACUUUGCUCUCAAGAAGUCCAAAGUAAAUUUAUAAAAAAAGCAGAAGAGAUUCUGAAAGAAUGGUAUGGUGAUAAUCCCAAAGAAAGUCCAGAUUUAUCGCGAAUAAUUAAUGAAAAUCAUUAUCAGCGUCUUGUAAAAUAUUUAAAUGAUGGUAAAAUAGCAAUAGGCGGUAUCUGUGAUCCUAGCGAAAGAUUUAUCUCGCCUACUAUACUUGUUGAUGUCAAACGUACUGAUCCCAUAAUGCAAGAUGAAAUAUUCGGUCCAAUAUUACCAUUCAUAAAUGUGAAUAACGCUUAUGAAGCAAUUGAAUUCAUAAAUAAUGGCGAAUCCCCACUUGUACUAUACAUAUUUUCUAAGGACAAGAGUGUUCAAGAUUUAUUAAUAAGUCAAACUUGUAGUGGAAGUAUUGGAGUGAAUGAUACGAUAAUGCAAUUUUGUGUUGACAAUUUACCAUUUGGUGGUGUUGGUUAUUCUGGUAUGGGAAGUUACCAUGGAAAAUAUUCUUUUGAUACAUUUGUGCACAAAAGAGGCUGUCUUAUCAAAGAUUUCAAUAUGUUGGAAGAAAUAGUGUCAUCAUGCCGUUAUCCACCAUAUACAGAAAAAAAGUUGUCUAUAUUAGAAUUUCUACUAGCAAAACGACCUGGCAUACCAGGAGCUAAAUAUAUCCCAUAUCUUUUAGCAUUUGGUUUAGGAUUCCUUGUUAAAUUCGGCAUUUCAACUACUUUAAAGGUAUAUAAAGAGAGGCAUAUUUAAGGUAUAUUAAAGGUAUAUAAACAGAGUCAUACACCUAUUAACUUGCAUUGAUGAUAAUUUAAAUUAUUUUACAUU